ACGCUCAGUGUUGCCAGGUCUGACUGGCAGUCAGAGCCGUGGAUGUCGACAGCAGCCUGAACACCAGGACGUGAUUUCUACACCGUCAGUGCUGCGUUAAACUGAAAGCUGUUACCUGUAUGAACACUUAGAAAUCAGCAUCAGGAUGUCUAUCACUAAGAUCCACGCUCGGGAGAUUCUGGACUCCAGAGGAAACCCCACGGUGGAGGUGGACCUGUGGACUGCCAAGGGUCUUUUCAGGGCCGCCGUUCCCAGCGGUGCAUCGACCGGAGUCCAUGAAGCCCUGGAGCUCCGUGACGGAGACAAGAGCCGCUACCUGGGCAAAGGUACGACAAAGGCUGUGGAGCACGUGAACAAAGACAUCGCUCCCAAGCUGAUUGAGAAGAACUUCAGCGUUGUUGAGCAGGAGAAGAUAGACAAGUUCAUGCUGGAGUUGGACGGCACUGAGAACAAAUCUAAGUUUGGUGCCAACGCCAUCCUGGGCGUGUCGCUGGCCGUCUGUAAGGCUGGAGCAGCAGAGAAGGGAGUUCCUCUCUAUCGCCACAUCGCUGACCUCGCCGGACACAAGGAUGUCAUACUUCCUGUCCCUGCCUUUAACGUGAUUAACGGAGGAAGCCACGCUGGAAACAAACUGGCCAUGCAGGAGUUCAUGAUUCUUCCAGUUGGAGCCGCCAACUUCCACGAGGCCAUGAGGAUCGGAGCUGAGGUCUACCACAACCUGAAGAACGUGAUCAAGGCGAAGUAUGGCAAGGACGCCACCAACGUGGGAGACGAGGGAGGCUUUGCCCCCAACAUCCUGGAGAACAACGAGGCUCUGGAGCUGCUGAAGACGGCCAUAGAGAAGGCCGGUUACCCCGACAAGAUCAUCAUUGGCAUGGACGUAGCAGCCUCCGAGUUCUUCCGCAAUGGGAAGUACGACCUGGACUUCAAGUCCCCUGACGACCCGUCCAGACACAUCACGGGAGAGAAGCUGGGAGACCUGUACCGCAGCUUCAUUAAGGGCUACCCUGUCCAGUCCAUUGAGGAUCCAUUUGACCAGGAUGACUGGGAUCACUGGGCUAAGUUCACUGCCUCUGUAGACAUCCAGAUUGUGGGAGACGACCUGACGGUGACCAAUCCCAAGAGGAUCCAGCAGGCUGUGGACAAGAAGGCCUGCAACUGUCUGCUACUCAAAGUGAACCAGAUCGGCUCCGUGACCGAGUCCAUCCAGGCGUGUAAGCUGGCUCAGAGCAGCGGUUGGGGUGUGAUGGUCAGCCAUCGCUCUGGAGAGACAGAGGACACCUUCAUUUCUGACCUGGUGGUCGGACUCUGCACCGGACAGAUUAAGACUGGUGCCCCCUGCAGGUCGGAGCGCCUGGCCAAAUACAACCAGCUGAUGAGGAUCGAGGAGGAGCUCGGAGACAAGGCCAAGUUUGCCGGCAGAGACUUCCGCCACCCCAAGAUCCACUAAAGCCCUGUCCUGCCUUCUCUGUCAUCGUGACAACUGACUGACACCUAGUGGCCCCUGAAGCCCCUCCCUCCUACAGCUGGGGGCGAGAGGUCGGAGGUCGCAGCGGGUUAGACCCUGCCUUCCUAGCCAUAAUUCCAUUAAUGAUGUUUUCUAUAUAAAACAUAAAGAUUCAAUAAAGUCUAAUGACUAAAACAGAUGUUAA